AUGAAGACCUCAUUAUGCGUUUCCAGAGCCUUCAUUGACCACUGUCUUGCUCUUCUUAAUGAGAAUAAACUGGAUACGGCAAUGGCUUCCAUGGCUAAGUAUUGGGCUAGUGAUCUUUGUAGCGUAAUCGCUAGCGAUGCAGUCCAGCUUCACGGUGGGUGGGGUUAUAUGUGGGAGUAUGCUGUCUGCAAGAAUUACGUUGAUGCUCGAGUUCAAUCAAUUUAUGCUGGCACUAACGAAGUUAUGAAGGAGCUGAUCUCCAGAAAAAUUGUUUCUUAA